AUGAAUAAAGGACAAAAGCAAAAAAUACUGGAGAAUAAAAGGAUAAAAUAUGAAGAAAUGGAUCAACCAAGGAGAGAAGAACUGCUUACUAAAAAUAUGAAUUAUAGAAAAACAAUGAGCAAAAAACAAAAGCGAAAAACACUGGAGAGUAAAAGAGCUAAAUAUGAAGCAAUGGAUCAAUCAAAGAAAGAAGAACUGCUUGCUAAAAAUAUGAAUUAUAAGGAAACAAUGGGAGAAGAACAAAAACAGAAAAUACUGGAGAAUAAAAGAGUAAAAUAUCAAGCAAUGGAUAUAUCAAAGAAAAAGGAGUUGAGUGCUAUGAAUUCAAGCAAAAUAAUGUCAAAUUGCAUGUCGUUGGAUCCAACACAAAAAAAUAAUUUGCUGAAUAGAGAGAAAGAAAAAUGGAUGGAAAAGAAAUCUCUAACUCAUGACAUUGACAUGUACAUUGAAAAAUUUAAAAAACAAAUUAAAUCAGGCCCAUUUUACAUAUGCUGUGUUUGUAACCGAACGCUAUAUAAAAAGUCAGUAGUAAUCCUACAGAAAAAUAAAUAUCCUCGCCAGGAUUGUUUAUGCUUCAAUGUUCUUUUGAUGGCAAAAACUACAUCUGCAAAACAUGCCAUGCUAAAUUACUUAAAGGUCAACAGCCUUGUCAAGCUGUGGUAA